GCCCCGAUUCCUAGGUGGCUAAAGAAGGCGCGCAGCCUCGACGCGGAGAUUGGUUCUUUGGCCCGGAAUCAGUUCUUUAUCUGAGGUCAGUCCUGCAGCAGUUCUACAGAUGUCCAGGCUUGGCACUAGAAGUAGGGUUCCCUACUGAGAUCUGAACACCAGAAUGAAGUGACGUUACAUCUGAACUUUUAGGCCUUGGAGACUUGGAAUCUCUAUCCCAAAUGGAGAAGCCCGGACCUGAAACUUUCGGCCAAAGUGUCAGAGCAGAACCUAGAACAAGGAGCAUGUCCUGUUGUAUCUGUUGCCAGAACAAUUCCUGACCAUCCUGCCUGGGUAAUACAGUACUGGGGUGACUUUGGAAUAUUGAGAACCCAGUGAGGAGUGGGUGACUUUGAAGAAUUUGAUCUAAAUACUUGAGGAGAAAGCUUUGCAUUCUCAAGACUUGGCCCUUCCCCAACAGGAGAACACUGAGCAGGAAAGAAUGAACUCUGGGCUGCUGACUGCCAGAUCCCAGGAAUCAUUGACAUUCAAGGAUGUGGCUGUGGACUUUACCCAGGAAGAGUGGAGGCAAUUGGAUCCUGGUCAGAGAUAUCUGUAUAAGGAUGUAAUGCUGGAGAACUAUAGAAACCUGGUCUCAGUGGGACAUCAAGUUUGUAAACCAGAUUUGAUAUCCCAAUUGGAGCAAGGAAAAGAACCUUGGAUUGCAGAGACAGAAAUCCCAAGAGGUACCUUCUCAGACUGGGAGAUCACACCUGAAACCAGGAAGUUAACUCCAAAGCAAAACAUUUCUGAAGAGGAAUCAUUCCAGAAGGUAGAGGUAGAAAGAUUCACAAGGAAUAAUAUAUGUUAUUCUAAGUCAUGUGAAACCUGGAGAUUUGAAGACCACUUUGGCAUCCCACAAGAAAUAUAUGAGAAAUAUAUAAAACAAAUGAGAGUUGCCCCAAAUAAAAUCCUACCUGGGAAGAAAAACCCUGAAAGUAAUCAGUUUCAUCUGGACUCAAUCCGUGUUAUGGAGCAAAGUGUUCCCACUAAAGAGAGAUACCAUAAAUAUGAUAUAUGUGGGAAAACUUUUAAUUGUAAUUCAUACUUAAUAAGUCAUCAGAAAGGCUGUAUACCAAAGAAGUCUUAUGAAUGUACUGAAUGUAGGAAAAUUUUCAGUAGGAGUGCACUCCUUAAAAAACAUUCUAGAGUCCAUACUAAUGAGAAACCCUUUGAAUGUAAUGUCUGUGAAAAAGCUUUCAGAAAUACUACACUCCUUAUACAACACCAGAGAAUCCAUACUGGAGAGAAACCUUAUAAAUGUAAUGAAUGUGAAAAAGCUUUCAACCAAAAGACAGGUCUUAAUCGACAUAAAAGAAUUCAUACUGGGGAGAAACCUUAUGAAUGCAAAGAAUGUGGGAAAGCUUUCAGAUGGAGUACACAGCUAACUCAACAUCAGAGAAUUCAUACUGGAGAGAAACCCUAUAAAUGUAGUGAAUGUGAGAAAACUUUUAGUCAGAAGGCAGAAUGUACUCAACAUGGGAGAAUUCAUACUGGAGAGAAACCCUAUAAAUGUAGCGAAUGUGGGAAAGCCUUCAGAUAUAGUACAAACCUAACUCAACAUCAGAGAAUUCAUACUGGAGAGAAACCCUAUGAAUGUAGUGAAUGCAGAAAAGCAUUUUCUGAUAGGUCAUCUUUUAACAAACACGAAAGGAUUCAUACUGGUGAGAAGCCCUAUAAAUGUAGUAAGUGUGGGAAAGGCUUCAUUCGACGUGCCGACCUUACCCUACAUUACAGAACUCAUACUGGUGAGAAACCUUAUGAAUGUAAUGAAUGUGGAAAAGCCUUCAGCUUGCGUGUACAUCUUACUCGACAUCAGAGAACCCAUACAAGAAAGAAACCUUAAAUAUGUAAUGAGUGUGGGAAUGUCUUCAAGCACAGAUCAUCCCUGGUCAGAUAUCAGAGACUUCAUAGUGAAGUGUGAUCCUAGGAAUUUAGUAAAUGAAAAAGUUUCAUUUGGAAUUAUCCCAUAUUCAAAUAGCCUGUGAAAAAUAGUACUAGCUAUGAUUUUGUUUGGUGUACUUGAUUGAGAAAUAUGCUGCUGCUUCCUCGUCCCUUUCUCCACUGUAUAUCUUUUUGUGAUAGUAUAUUCCCUAGCAUAGAGAACAAGAGGUUUUACAUCAGUUCUUCUGAUAGCAGUUCUUUUUAUGAUCAAUUUGCUUAAUGAUUCAUUUAACACUUAUAUGUCUAAUGAGCAUUUUUACAUCACGGAAUGUUUUUUAAUUGCCUAAAUUUAUAGUUCAGGUCUUCUACCAAACAUUUUUGCAUCAUUUUUUGGUGAUAAAACAUCAGAAAUAAUAUGUGAGUCUUACUAGGGUUAGGGAAAUUGAUGAUUAGAUUGUUGACUUUAAGUGAAUUGAAUUGCUUUCCUUAAUACUAGAAUUGCAUAGGUAGGAAUAAGGAGUGGACUUCUUUCCAAGCUUUCUUUAAGGGUAUAGAAACCAAUUUAUUUUAAAAAAUAAAGAUGCUCUUUAGACAGGUCCAACUCAUGAAGCAGACUAUUGAAGAAAAACCUUCAGUUACUACUCAAACCUUAUCCAACAUCACAGAAUACAUACUGAAAGAAAAAACUCUACAAAUAUGGGAACCCUAUAAAUAUAGGAAGGCCUUCACCUGGAGAACACCCUUUACUCAACAUCAGAGACUUCAUAUUGAAGAGAGACCCCAUAAAUGUAAUGAAUGUGGCAAAAGAUUUCAGGACCUACUCAUACUUUCUUCAGUAUCAGAGUUUAUACUGAGGAGAAACUAUGAAUGCAAUGAAUGUGUCAGAGUGUUUCAUGAUAACCCAUUCUUUACUAAACAUCUGAGAAUUCAUACAAUAGAAAAACCCUAUAAAUGUAAUGAACAUGGCAAGACAUUUACCUAGACUACACACCUUAGUUUUAACAUCAGACAGGUGGCACCAGAAAUCAUAAAUGUGACAUGUACCACAGCAUUUUAGUCAUAUCAUAUUUCUCAGUAAGCAUCAAACAAAAUACACUAUGGAGAAACCUUAAGACCAAGUGUAGCAAAACCUUAAGUGAUAUCCCUUGGCAAACAUCAGAAAAUCAUCCUAGAAAUCUUUUGAAUGUAAUGAAUGUAAGAAAUCCCUUAAUACUUAAGCCUAAGUAAGCAUCAGAGAGUUCAUGUUAUGAGAAAAAACCUAUGAAUUUAAUGCAUGUAGCAGAACUGUUAGCAUCCAUUCAUACUUUUCUUCAGCAUCUAAAGGAGAUAUCAUAUAAAUGUAGCGAAUGUAGGAGAAGCCUUCAGUGACAGCUCAUUCCUUACCACACAUCAGAACAUUAAUAAUCAUGAAAAACUAACAGUGUAGUAACCAUGGGAAGGCCUUUAGGCAGAGAACAUGUGAUAAUAUCAGAGAAUCUAUACUUAAAGAAUUCUCAGAGAGGAGAGGAAGGGGGAGAAAAUUUAAAACAAAAUCUUACGGAAGUGAAUGCUGAAAACUAAAAA